UUCAGGAUGGGCAACCCUGAACUACCUCCAAUAACAUUUCAGCUUUUUUGUAAAACCAUGCGACAUAACCACAAAGUAUGACGAUUGAAAUGAGAUGAGUUUUCUUGAAGUGCUAUGAUUCGGUUCAUCACGUCGCUGCUGCCGACGUCCUACUUGACAGGCUGGUGGACGCUGAACGUGAAUCUGCUGUGUCAUUUGCUGCAAGGACUUGUUGGCGCGUGUGGGAUCUCUGUGCUCGGCUCCCUUCUCAGAGUGCGUUUAUAUGUUGAGGAGGAAAGUUGCAGUAACAAAGAUGCAUCUAGUCAGAGGAGGGUUAAACGCGGAGCGGCGGGGAGGCUUCAUUUUGUCUUUGUGGCCGGGAUAUUGGCUGCUGUUGGUUCUCGUGUGGCCUCCUUGGUGGUGCUGGAAUUUUGCCUUCGAGCUGGCUCUGGAUGGCUGACAAGAGGACCCGACUCUCUGAAAACGCUCCACCACCUCAUGGUUCAAAGCCAAUUCUCCCUGGGAUGUGCCCUCAGCUGCACGCUACAAUUCCUCCACGAAGGGGCUCUGCAUCGCUGGCUGUGCUUGCUCCUGGCAGCGGCACUCAGCUGUUGGCUAGCCCGGAAGGCCGCGGCGUUACAGCGGCAUGUGGCGACUCUGUACAAACUGCACAGUUCGCAGCACUACUGCGGCGUUUGCAUCAGCCUGCUGACAUACGGCCGCGGCCCUGUGCUGCUCCCGGCGCUAUGCGGGACGCUCAUGGUUGCCUUUGUCAUGGCUGUGGUGGCAGCAUUGGUGAUCAUCAACCAACACUUCUUGUCCGCAACAGAAGCACUUAAGUUUUGGACACCGCUGACCCUCUGUUACGCUCUGCUGGUGGUUUACAUGCAGGACGAGCAGCGUAAUUUGCCGGCUAGCCAGGCGCUCCUGAUCUCGGUGGUGGUGCGCCUCGGUGCGUUGAUGGUCCUGAUGCUGAUUGUUGGACGCUGGGCCGAUGUACUCCACAUUUUCCUGUGUUUCCUGGGUGAGGCCGCCUGUCUGAUCCCCACAACAGAUCUGCUGGAUGCAACCUCUUCGCAGGAAUGAACAUCGUAAAUGAAUGGAUUUUUUAAAAGUAUCCCCCUGGGAUGCACUACUCGGAUGCAACAGAGGUACUGUUGGGUCUAUCUCAAAUGGAGUCAGUUCAAGAGAGUCACAGAACCGUGGUGAUUUAUGAUGGGUAUUUCACUCAUUUUUUGUAACUAACUGCAAGGACGGCUGGUGAUUCCAUUUGAGGAGACAGACAGGCUUGUUAGGCCGUUUCAUCCGCCCGUCAGACCUAAGGCAAAGCUGUUCUCUUUCAACUUCAACCAGAUUGCAUGACAGGACCAUUUACCCUCAGAGGGCCUCAUCUUAGUUUACAACACACUAAAAUGGCUAAAAUGAGAAGAGACUGUGUAAAGACACUCAUUUCUUAAAUAAAGUAGAAACAACUACAUUUUUGAGUGGUAGCUGUAAUAAUGUGUUUGUAAUACUGCAUGUAAAAUUGUCUUUUUUAACCAAGAACUAUGACGAUGUAAAUUGUACCUAAAUACAACAUCAUGUUUAAAUAGU